AAAGCACAGCAAAAUAUCUCAGUUGACCUCAUAGUCGUUUGCGGGCAAGGAUAUCAACUUUACUUAUUUGUGGAAAAUCCAUCAAGCACAAUUCAUUAGUGUUUAAUGAAUUGAUUCUAAUACAACAAUGUGGUCCUUUUAUGUUUUUUCAGUGCUUUAUUUUAUAGGGGGAGUUCGAUCCGCAAUUGACGAACGCCUUAAAGACGAUUUCUUCCACAUUUACAAAAAUGCAGCAAUAGAAACGAGAGACAUCCAAAACCGACCAGUAACAGAAGACCAAGUAACAUUUUAUCUUUACACUAACGAAAAUCCAAAGGAAUUCACUGCAAUUGAUUCAAAUAACUUGGAAAGAUUUAGGAACUUCACCAAUCAGAUAGUGUUCCUGAUUCACGGAUGGACAAACAGCAGGAAAAGUGAGUGGUUGGAAAACAUGAAAAACGCUUUUUUAGUAAGGGACAAAAACAGUUUUGUUAUAAUUGUGGAUUGGGAAGAUCCUGCCAAUCAAUUGUAUUAUGUUUCUUCUAUCAAUACUUAUGAUGUUGGCAAAUUUAUAGCAAAACUUCUUGUGAAUCUUUAUAAAAAUUAUGGAGUUGACAAAAGGAAUUUCCUUAUAGUUGGACACUCGUUAGGGGGGCAAGUAGCUGGCUUUAUAGGCAAACAAUUCAAAAAACAAACUUUACAAUCUUUGCCAAGGAUUAUAGCUUUAGAUCCAGCAGGUCCACUAUUUACAACAAGACCCUUAAACGAACGUCUAAAUAAAGACGACGCAGAUGUGGUUGAAGUUGUUCACACAAACGGUGGUACUUUUGGGUUCCUGGACGCUUGCGGUACCAUUGAUUUUUUUGUUAACGGCGGCAGCAGCCAACCGGGAUGCAAACGAAUCGAUUUGGCGGAUUUGGUUGGGAGUGUUCAAGAACCAUUAUUGUGUGACCACCGAAGAUCAUGGGCUUACUUUACAGAAGCAUUACUGAACCCCACCGAGAUGGUAGCUCAAAAAUGCAACAGCUGGGCUGAAUACAAGAUAAGCUAUUGCGAUAAAGUCACAGUACCAAUGGGCGACCUGAAUACCACCCUGACUGGAUCAUUUUAUUUGAAAACCAACAAAGAGCCACCUUAUUCUAAGAAACUUUCCUCCGGAUUCAGCUUGUCACGAUUGAUAUCGUAUUAAAUAAUUCCAGUUUUGUAUAAAUAAGAAAAAAUGCAAUUAUUUUUUUAUUACAAAUACAUAUGUACAAUUCGAAUAAAGGACAAGUAAAAACUAAGAUUCAACCAAUUAAGUUUAAAAAAAAAACAGUACAAAAACAUAUAAAGUCACUUAUUAGGAAAAUUUGAGGUACACAAUGCCUAAAAAUUAAAUAACUUGUUCCGCGACAGGAAUUCGCUUAACAUUUUCAAUAAACCUAAUCAGCUCAUCAAUUUUAGCCUCAGUCGACUUAUUGAUUUGCGUCAAACGUUGCUUGUCCUCGUCCUGGUUCUUAAGAAUAACAGUCAAUUCCGAAUGGCGGUUUUGCAACUGAGUCAAUUCCGCCAACAGUUCCGCACGCUUCUCUUGACAUUCCCGUUUCAAUUGAAGUUUUUCUAGAAUUUCCUCAGGCGUUGGACUUCGGUUUGAAUCGACGGACAUCGGCGAACUACAAGAUGUACUGCUGCUGCUGCUGCUGCACGCCAAAAGUUGAUCCUCCUUGAUCUUGGCACGAAGACACUUGGGACAUUGUUUCGGCGUUCGGGCGAAAGGACGAUUGUGACAGCUCAUGUGGAAUCCGUUCGUGCAAUGUUCGCAUAGUGAUAGUGCACCUAGAACAAAAGGCGCUGUCACCUGAAAUUGUACAGAAUCUAGAUUUUCAUAUUAUUACAAAAUAGAUUAUAAAUCUAGUUUAGUUCAUUAGGAGAAAAUAUGAUGAUGGAAAAGUUAUUUAUUUUUAACUGGAUUACUCAGUAAGAGAAAGUAUUCAAAUAAUUAUAUACUUACCAGGUUGCUUGCAAAUUAUACAUCUUUGAGAAUCAGGAUUGUUAUUAGGACUGAUUGGUUCGAUGACUAGUCCAGGUGGCAAAUUUUUCAAAGUUGGUAAUAAUGGUAUAAAACCGCUUACUAAAAAAAUAUAUAAAUUCAAUUUAAAAAUAAAAAGCACUAUAUAUUAUACCUCUAUUAUCAAUAAUUGUUUUAUCACUAUGAUUGCCAUUGGUAGUAGCAGGUGGUGAAACAGACUUUUUGAUAAUUUCUUGCUUUUUGCGUCCUCUAGUGUUGGGUGGUGAAGGAGGAUGAGCCAAGAAACUGCUACGUUUUCUUUUCUGUAAUAUCAAAGAUUAAUAAAUUGAUAUCAUCAAAAAAUUAAAACUCUAUACUUACCACUAUAGGUCCUAAAAAGUCCCAACCCUUAUUACCAUAAAGAAAUUGAGGAUUCACGGUGCUUCUUCGUUUCCUUUCGGCCCUUUUUUUCUGCAUUUCGGUGAAAUUCUCGUGAGUGGUAAGACGGAAAUAAAACAAAAACGAAUUUUGGUUUGUAUCCUCGGGGUUGAUGGGGUGGUUUUCUGGAAUGGGCAAUGGGGAUGGUGACCUCGUAAUUUCCGGUUCAUUUUCGUAUGAGCGUAUCGGUGAGAUACGUCUGCGAGGUA